CUUGCUGCGAAAAGAUUUGCCUUGUUGCGAACUGACGUUUGCGAACUGACAUUGUUGCGAAACAACCUGCUCAACAGGUUAUAACGUUUGCAGCGCCGUCAACGCCCGUCGGGUACAAGUGCAGGCAGAGUCCGAAGGUCGUAUAUUAAUCGUAUAAAGAGCUGCAAAAAGGUAUAACCGCACUUAGCAGUACCGAGUCAACAUGGCCGACAAGACUGAGUACCGAUUCCUGGGCGGCAGCGGUUUGAAGGUGUCCAACAUCUGCCUGGGCACCAUGACGUUUGGAGACUGGACGCUUUUGCCCGGGCAGUGCGACGAGGCGGCCUCCCAUGCCAUCCUGGAUCGCUACGUGGAGCUGGGAGGAAACUUCUUAGAUACUGCAGACAUGUAUGCCGAAGGAAGGUCUGAAGAGAUCAUAGGAAGCUGGUUGGAAAAACAGCAGCGAGAGAAGUUUAUUGUUGCCACCAAAGUCCGCUUCGGCAAGGGCAUCAACGGGGUAGGACUGAGCCGCCAUCACAUCAUGCAGUCCAUAGACGACAGUCUGCGCAGGCUCCGUACGGACUAUGUGGACCUGUACCAGAUCCAUAUGUGGGACGAGGCUGUCCCCAUCGAAGAGACCCUGUCAGCUCUGAAUGACCUGGUGCGCGCAGGGAAGGUGCAUUACCUGGGCGCCAGUAACGUCACCGGCUGGCAGCUGCAGAAGAUUGUUGAGCUGAGCAAGUCCAUGGGACUCAACAAGUGGAUAUCUCUUCAGGUGGAGUACAACCUUCUGUGCCGUGGGAUCGAGUGGGAGCUGGUUGAUGUCUGCAGGCGGGAGGGUAUCGGUAUCAUCCCGUGGAGCCCGCUCAAAGGAGGUCUGCUGACUGGGAAGUUCAAAAGAGAAGAUGACGCGCCUGAGGGAACCAGAAUCGCGGUCGUCACCAAGAAGGGAAUGGACCUGGAGGGGGCCCCAGACUUCGAGAGGAUUAAAAAAGAUGACAAGACCUGGAAGAUCAUUGAUGCCACGAAAAAUGCAGCUGAGGCUGCUGGUAAAACCCCGGCGCAGGUUGCAAUCCGCUGGCUGCUACAGAAGGACGUGGUGUCGUCUGUUAUCAUUGGCGCGAAAAGUCUUCAGCAGCUGGAGGACAACAUGGGUGCCGCCACUGGCUGGGAGAUCACGGAGGAACAGAUGGCUGAGCUCGACACUGUCAGCCAGAUGGAACCAACCUACCCCUACAGACUGCUCACAAGGAUGAACAGUGACAGGGUGAGGAAGAACAUGUGCCAGUAGAGUUCCAAGUGGCACUACCAACGGCGUUGUUAGACAGAUAUUACUUCCACAACCUGGAUUAAUGUACACUACGUCGGAUAUCGAUUUUGAAUGAUAAACAGUACAGCUUGAACGAAUGAGAUCAGACUAUAGAUGUUUAUUGGAUAGGAAAGAUCUUCAUACAUGGUUCUCAUUUAAGCACUGCUACUACUUUAUCUCCAGCUGGUUGUUGCCACUCAGCGCUGUAUAUGGUAUGUUUUGUAUCCUGUUUCAGUCACAUCAAAAGGUGACGAAAGACCAAACAGAACUUCAAUAACAAGAAACACAUCAAUUCCCACAGAUGCCACAUUAUUGCUUUUAAUGACCAGGACCCAUACAUUCACUUUUCUGUGCCUUUGAGAUAAGUACUCUUAAAGGUAAGUAGGCAGAACUGACAGUCAACACUCUCUGUUAGUUGAAUGGCAAGUAUUUAGCUUGACACCUAUUGUUUUGAUAAGCUAUGUAAAACAACCACUCAUUCACUUUUACAUGAAUGAAUGGAAUAUACCACCAGGCUGGUAGUGAUGGGAUUACUUUGCGAUCAAUGUUUGAUAGCUACAGGUCUCUUCUCUAUGAUAUACCGCACAUGUUCACUGUUUCCACCACUCUUCACCCAUCUGUGUAAUCAUUCCUUUAUCACAUUUCACCAGUGUAACUGUCACCUUGCGGCGGCCACAUCCAUGUACCCAACAUUGGUUACAACAGAAGUCAGCAGGGAAUGGGGUAAUCUACAACACAACCUCCUCAUUUUGUAGAUUCCACAUGAAAUUGUACAAAGCAUUCAUUCCAUAUCUCCAGAUCUCAUUCCAGAUCUCAUCCAGUAUCAUUUUACAAGACCAGGUUGUCCAUAACUUUGGCUAUUUACAUCUCUACCGUGAUAGGCAUUGACACAGUUAUGUUAAACAUUAUUUGCAACGCAUAAUAAAUGGGAAAAUCCUU